ACUGAGCGGCCUUGUGGGAUAGUCCUAUACGGGGGACAGUGUCUAAGGAACUGAAAGGCGUAGAUUCAUUGAAAGCUUAUAUUGGAAACCUGUGACAGCGUCCAUGUGGCUGGUAAGGAGAAGAACAGUACAUGGUUUGCUAGAGUUAUCUCUCUUCUAUAUGACGUCAGAAGCACUAACAGGAAGUCGUCCAUAAAUCGCCUUCGACAUGGAUCAACAGACUCCAGCACAAUACUGAUGUCGCUGAGUAAAACCUAGAAUCUUUUUGGUGGAUUUGAGUUGCAUCAGAUGUCAAGGGAUGCCUUUUUGGACGAGAGAGGAAAUUCUUGAACGGUCUCUGAGAUUAAGUGCUGACUUUGGUUGCUCCAAUGGGCAAGUGUCAAUCUUGCUGUGAGGCAAAAGGACCAACUUCUGGUUCCCGGUACCACACACCCACAGAUUACAGAUCCAGAGGAGGGCCACGUCCCGUUAGCAAAGAAUUAGAGUCUACCAGCACCAGCAUUCCAGUCAUGGCAUCAUCACGAUCUGUUCCAGUGGCAUCUGAUCGGAAAAUAUUCACACCUUAUCCAAAACUGCCUCCGAUCAAGAAACCCAGCAACGGAGAGAACAAACGAUUGUCCUUUAUUUCCCGUGACUUUUCAGAAUCAAAAGUUUUUGCUCUUUUUGAACAGUACAAAGAUCCUGGUGAGGAUGCCAUCUUGGCAGAGGGUGUAGAGAACUUUUGUUGUGAUUUGGAGGUUAAUCCAGAUGAUUUCAUUGUUCUGGUGCUAGCAUGGAAAUUUCAAGCUGAAAUGAUGUGUAGGUUUACAAGGGAGGAAUUUUUACAUGGUUGUAAAUCACUAAAGGUUGAUUCAAUUAAAGGAAUCCAAUCAAAAUUCACAGAGUUGUUAACUGAAGUGCAAAAUAAACAGACCUUUAAGGAUCUUUAUCGAUGGACAUACAAGUUUGGUCUGGAUGUGGAGACAGGACAAAGGACUCUGCCUAUAGAGAUGGCCAUCAGCCUUUGGAAGCUGGUGUACUCACAGAAUGAACCUAAACUACUGAGUCGAUGGCUUGAAUUUUUGGAGGAUCAUCCAAGUAUUCGAGGAAUACCUAGAGACACAUGGGAUAUGUAUCUGAAUUUCACAGAACAAGUUUCUGAUGAUUUGAGCACUUAUGAUGAUACAGAGGCAUGGCCUAGUUUGUUUGAUGAUUUUGUAGAGUAUGAAAAUGAUAGACAGAAUCAAAAUGUCAAAAUGAUGUAGGUAAAAGAAAAAAAUAUAUGGUCCCUUUGUCCCGAAGACAUUUUUUUUUACGAAAAAAGAAUUUUUUGUUUGUUCAUAUAAUGAACAUGUGCUUGUUUAGAUUUUUAAAUUGUACAAGUCUGUAUGGUGCAUGAUAUUCAUGUUUUUGUCAUAAGCACAAGUGUAGGAGACUUUUGAUAUUCAGGUUUAUCAGAGAGAGAAAUUGUUGUACUUUUUUUUUUCAUGGAAUGCCUAAUAUGUGUAGGAAAAAAUGUAUGCAUAUGGUAUUCAUACAUAACACAAGCAACCCACUUCCUGUGUUUGUAUUUUUGUUCCAUUUUAUGUGAAGUCAACUGUGCACCAAAAUGGCCAAUGUAACAACAAUUCUCAUAAACUGUUGAAUAUGGCUAUUUAAUGGUGCAAGUAUUUGAUCACAACAUAAUUAGUACUUGCACUCUUGAUUGACAUUGAAGCUUGAUCUAUCUUUGCGUAUUGAUUACAGGGCAUUCUUGCAAAUCUACCUUUCUUGUACUUUUCUUUCACUGCCAUUUUGAAGAGGGUAUGAAGACAAAAGAAUUCCUUUAAUGAUUAUACAUGGGACUGUUUGACCACACUGAAUCUCGUAUUGUAACACAUUUUCUAUAGCACACUUAAUGGAUUGAUGCAUGUAUUUAAAUUUUGUCUUGGGGCAAGCAGUGCACAAAAUAUUGAUAGCAUAUAGUUUCAGUUUUGAAAAGUGUUAAACAGUAUUAUAGUAGACCAAGCAAAAACUUUAAAACCUUGACAUUUUCCAAGUUUUUAUGUGAUGUUUGUAAGUGCACAUGAAUUUUGUACUCUACACAAUGCAUGCCCACCCUGUGUAAUGGCGGAAUUUUGUUUUUUUAGUGUUUGAUGUGUAUAAUUUUGCAAUGAGCAAGUAGUCCUAGCUGGACUUAGAAUAUGUUUCUCAGCUGUGUCAUAAAUUCAGUUGUCUCAUGUGUGAAGCAUAUGAUCAGAACAAUGUAUUGAUUUGUUUGCUCAAAGAAUUGGAAUAACAGAGAGUACAUAGGCUUAAAUAGGGCCACAGAUCAGGAAUAUUGAAGUGGUUUUUAUGUGGCAAACACCUCGAUAAUGUGUUAACUUCAGUAGAUUCAUUUUUCUUCUAUCAUUUGAAAAACAAGUGAGGAGUGGAUGUAUGAGAGCUCAGUAAAAUCAAUGCCAAGGUUAGUUGGGAAGAAGACCUGGUUCCCUCUGCACACUGGGUAUUUUUCACAACACUUUUGAAACUUUGUUAUGCUUUGAUAGUUUUAGUCUUUUACUGAAUUUUGGAUGAAGUAUGUAUUGGAAGCGAGUUUUAUUUAUCUAAGAAUUCUGAAUGCAUGCCUGAUUUGCAGAUAAAUACCCUUAUAGAUAAUGUAUGUCGUGCUCUUUUUGCAAAAUUGGAGGUUUGGGGUAUGACCUUUCUGUACAUUAGAAGCAUUAUGUAAGUUAUCAUAAAAUGUGUAUGUAUAUUUAGAGAUGACUGUGGGAAUAUCAUAGUUUUGUGUAUUAAGUUUGAUUUAGUCAAAAAUAAUUGUGGAAAAAUAGGGGAAUUCUGACAAAGCUCAUCACAUGUAAAAGCUGUUUUAUACAAUGCUAAAGUUUAACUAUCAAGUUAGUAUGAGCAGUCAAACUUUGACAUAUUUAGAUAUAUUAUAGCCAGAAGCGCAUUUUAAUUCUAUGUUACUACAUCAUUUGUCCCCAAGUAUUUGGAACAGUGUUACUGUGUCCAUUUACUCUAAAUUAUAUCUUAGUGUGACUAAAUGGGAAUAUGACUUUAUUCAAAUUCCACCAUGUCCGUCCAAAAAACUUGUAGUUGGAGUAACCCUGUGGUAAGAGAAUGGUAGUUUGAUAUCAUAAAGAAAGACGUCAUAGGGAAUUUGACAACCAGGAUAAUGAGACAUUUUAAGAGUCAUUAAAUGUUUGUGUUGUAUUUAUGAUGUUAGUUAAUAUAUGUUUGUACCAACAUGUAAUUGGGGUAUGAGAAAUCUCAGAUUUCCUGAUGCACUCUGUUUCUCAUUAAGGUUUAAUGUCAUCUGCUAUGACCUUUCCUUUGUGUGUUAUUUUAAGUCUUAAGUAGUAAAAGCUGGAUUAGAUCUUCCAGAAAUAGCAUAUAUAUCUUUGCAAACAUUUUCCUAGCAAGACCAUAAAAGCUUUUGAUCAUUUGACAGAGAGUCAAUAGUAUUGAUUCUCAGGUGUAAAAUACUUAUCCAAAUUCCUUGUUGAUAUUGUGGUUGAUGAAUUUUUCAAAAGCACCAAAGUAUUGAUGGAGGUUCAUGUUGGUGUGCUAGUGAUGAAAUGAAAGACCAUCCUGUCCCAUUGGUAGGCACGUGUUGCAUUUUUCUAUUGCAUUGGACUGUGUAAGUUUCAGCUGCCAUGUUGUCACUUUCAUGUUUAUUGAAACAAUUGCUUCAGUUUCAUUUCAGUCACCAUACAUCAUGCAGAACUGCUCAAAAGCAUGUCAUCUAGGAAUUGAUUUUUAUGGGGGUUUCGUUUCUCUUCCCCACUUUGAAAGGCAUUAGUUAGAUAGUUGCCGUGGUAAUGGUAAAAGUUGAUAUAAAUGGUUGAAGGUUGGAAGAAAUUUCUUCAACAAGACCAUGAUAAGCAACUGUUGUGAAAUGCUAACCUUGUGUUUCUCAUAAUUGUAUGUACCGGUGUGAUUUUAGGAAAAUUAGAAAAAUGAUGGUGGAUGCAUCAUAAAUCAAUAUUGAUUUAAUGAACAUGUUUAUUUUUAACAGAAGCAGUUAUUGGUAAAUUUUAUAUCACUUUUACCAUUUUUAAAUUCUUUUGUUAAGGGUUGGUUGGAGAUAAUUAUAGUGGAUGGAUUUAUAUACUUUGAUUGAAGUCAAUUAACCCAGACCAGUGGUGUACAUUAUGAUUAAUUCAUGUGUAGGUUAAUGUGAAGGGUUAGGAUUCAGUUGAUACGUGUAGCACUAAAAUUGGGCUUGGUGUGGAAGGGGGCAACCCACUUAAUUUUUUUUUUUAGAUGAAAUAUUUUUUUCUGAAACUAGAAAUUUAAGCCAAUUUAAAUUGAAAAAAAAUAUAGCUUGAUAAGUGGAAAACUAGGUUAAAUACAAUUUUGGUUAUUAAUAAUAAUAAAAGGGAACUGAUAACAACAACAUAAUCUAUUGUGGUAAUGCCUUUAGUUAGUAUCCAAAUGAUGUGUAGGCUACAGCCAUUUAGCCUCUGUAUAAUGUACAGCACAGAUGCACUACAGACAUAUUUUGAAGUAUUCAUGUGUGUGCUUUGAAAUCAUGCAUUUGAUAUAAAUUGUAACAAUUUGAGGGGAUUUUUUGCUAUACAUAGAUUCUUAUGGUGCAAAUACCCUUUAUGUUUUGUCUUUCAAAUGGAGUCCAGGACUAGUUAUUGUAAUUUUUAUAGGAACCCUGUUCUAGGACUGAUGCAUUGUAAUAUUUCUGAAGGGUCUUUUUUAUGUCUCAGUGAAGAUGGGGGAAUGUAAGCAUAAUGCAUGUUAAACAUAUUUGGUAUAUUGAUGAUAAGCAAUGAUUCUCACAUUUACAAACACAUCAGUGUAUAUAUGUAUCGCGGACAAAAUUGACCCCGAAUUAGAUAGAUUAGUGAGUCUUUGCUUAUUUUGCUUUGAUGAGACUGUUGUUUGUAUUUUAAGGUGUGUGUGUACAUGUCCAUUGUCUAUGGCAAUCUCAUGGUUUUAGCCUUAAGUUUUGCAGCUUAAAAGUCUGUAUAUUCAUGUAGCUGGACCAACCAUUGUGAUAUAUUUGCUUGCAAUAGGAAUAUAAAAUUUCUGUAUGUUUUUUUUAACUUUGUGAUAAUAACAUGACUAAUACUAAUGGAUAACGAUUUACAAAGUUUGGAGAGUAUUAUCUGGAAGGAGACUUAAAUGCCAUGCAGUUGUGCAAUACUGACAGGGAACAUAACACUUAUUAAGUCAUUUCUAUUUUUUGGUAACAGUAAAAGAAGAGUGCACAAAGACUAAGUGUCAAAUGUAGAGGAAACCUUGUUCACAUGUUGAGUUUGAUGUGUGAAGGUUAAAGAAUUAAUAUUCAAUGUUAUUACAAGAUUUGUAUUUCACUUCUGCAUCUUGUGGUUCUGAAGAAAUGUAGAGAGGCUUGGUCUAAAAUAUUAAAAUCAUAUUUUUCUUCUUUUUUUAUUAAUUCAAAUCAUUUAUCAAAUUGACGAGGGGUUAACAUUUUAUAAUGUAGGACAUGAUUUUCUUGAAAAGACAAAAUAGUUUCAUAAAAGUUUGACAAGGAGCAGAUAGUAUUUUAUCAGUUUUACAUAUGAAAGUUUUUGUAAUACUCUAGUCAUUUGUUUUGUAGUGCACUGUAAAAUGAGAAGAGUUUUCAUUCUUUUUGUUCGUACAAUCAUAUUGUAAUGAUAAUACAUCAUAACUAUUUUAUGUGAUGUUUUAUCCUUGUGUUUACAGUAAAUUCAUACGAAGUAA